AUGCCCAUCAAACCUGUUGGGUGGAUAUGUGGACAGGUGUUGAAGAACUUUUCUGGAAGAAUCGAGGGGAUCCAGAAAGCAAUCAUGGACCUUAUAGAUGAGUUUAAAGAUGAAUUCCCUACCAUCCUAAGAUUAUCACAGUCUAAACAGAAAGAAGAAUCCGCGCAGAAAACUUCCAAGAUCAGGAUGGCUAUUGCUUUAGCCAAGAUUAACCGGGGAACAUUAAUCCGAGGACUAAACAGCAUAUCCAGCUCCUCCAAAUCAGUGGCCAGACUCCUGCAACCUCAGCUGGCGUGCAGACUCGUGGAGCUGCGGGACAUCUCCCGCCGGCUGCUGCGGGAGGUCAACGCGCCGCGGCGGCAGCUGUGCAGCGCGCAGGUCAGAAAGGGUUCUUUGUUUGAAAUCAUUUCCUUUCCAGCAAAGACUGCUUUAACUAGCAUAAUAUAUGCUUCAUAUGCAGCACUUAUUUAUUUGGCUGUCUGUGUUAAUGCUGUGCUGGAGAAAAUAAAGAAUAUUUUCAAAGAAGAAGAAUCCAUACGGCAAAACAGAGAGGAGAGUGAGCAUUUCAGGAAAGCCUUCUCUGAGCCUGUGCUCUCAGAGCCCAGCUUUCCAGAGGGUGAGAUCAAAGCCAAGCCUUACAGGUCACUGCUGGAGAAGCCUGACAGAACUUCUGAUCGCCCCAAACUUCCUGCUAAUAAGCAGAGUAAUAAGAUCCAGGUUUUACAUUCUGUGUUUGACCAGUCAGCGGAAACAAACAAAUGAGCGAAUCUGAACACAAAUCCCACCGAUCAGA